AUGAAGUUUAUUUUGAAAACCAUUAAUGAAACUCGAGAACUAGAUUACAAUGAAACAUUCAAUAGCGCGAAAAAUCUCAAGAUUCGUUAUAAGCUAAUCCCUGAAUUACGUUCAGCCCUUGCUCCGUAUUUUCCUGCUUCAAAUAAGCAACUUACAAAAUGGUUGGGUUGUUUCCACAAGUCUCGUCGUUCUCAUCAAAAAUUAAUGGAUAGGGAAAAAGCUGAUGAAAAUAAACACCGGAAGAAAAUCUGCCGAAUGAAGGCAGCAAAGAGAUUAUAUAGUUUUGACGAUGAACGGAUAACAAAAUAUGAUAAGCAUAGAUUACUAAAGAUGUUAUCCAAUCGCUUAUUUCAUUCUUCAAAAAUAAGCAAGAUAGACGAAGAAGACCCAACAAAGUCCAUAAUCGCUAUUUACGACUAUUCAUGGAGAUCUGAUGAGGGUUUCAACACUGAAUAUGAUGAAGAAGUAGAAGAAGUUAGUAGAGGGACAAUACCAGCAACUGGCAACACCACCGAAAAUGAUGAAGACCAUAACAAGAAAGGAGAAGAAAACCCAUCAAAAUCAAUGGUUGGUGACAAUCAUAAUAAUUCAGAUUCUGAUUUACAUAUGGAUGACGCGCAAUGA